UGUUGAGAUACCGCCACAGGACAGAGCCUUCUUUGGAAGGAAAUCUGCUUGAGUUCAAAACUAGGUUCCUUGGAUUAAAUAUUCAGUGGCACUUUCUAUUCCUGCAACGACUGGAUGAUGUGCCAAGCUGUGAACAUCCUAUUGGCUCUGCUGAGUCGCUUCUUGUUUGCAGUACAUGGCAUAUUGACAGUGUGGCGUGUUGUCGACUUGAAGGGCGAGCCCUCCUAUUGGCUGCUGUUGACGGGUGUGGCACUGCUGGGUGUGGAGAUGGCUGUUACCAUUAAAUGCACCCGCAACGCAGAAUGGAAAUGGUUCUCUCCUAUGGUCUUCCUGUAUCUCAGCACUGAGAUUCCCUCUAUCUGGUUCCUGGAGUUGAACCUGCUGCAGACCAAGCUUCCAAUCAACUCUUCAUCACCUGAUCUGCCCCUUCUGUCACACAUCACUAUACCAACAGGCUUGGUGAUGCUGGACCCUGAGUCCUGGGUGGCAGGCCUGGAGCAGACAAUGCUCAUUGUGCUGGUGCUGGGACGGUGGCUGAUGCCUAAAGGGGACAUGUCACGUGAUCAGCUUUCCCAGCUCCUCAUGGUCUAUGUGGGACUAGGCGCGGACGUCCUGGACAUUCUCGACACCUUCAAGCAGUCGGAGGUGAAAGCCAAUUGCGCUGUGAUCGUCGUCGGGCUGAGCCUCUUCUCCUGGGCCUUAAUGCAAUUUCCACUGGUUCUCACUCAGACAAGUGCUCAAAAGCAGAGCAGGGAGACCCAGCUGGAAGACACUGGGCCUGCGUUGAUGUCCUGCUCCUCCCCUUGUUGCUCCAGUGAGGUCUGGAGUCUCCUGCUUACCGUAGGUCUCCAGGACGGCCCAUUCCUGGUUUACCGCCUCUACCUCAUGAUCAAGGAAAACGUUCUGAACCAGAUGAUGAUCUUCUUCACUUGUAAGAACAUCCUCAUCGUCAUGCUGGAACUGUACAGGAUUUGCGUGGUGCAGUUCAAACUGGGCCUGCCAGGUGUUGGAGAAAGGACACCCGACAGCCCUUACAGGCAGUCAGAAAGGGAGAAAGGAGAAAUGCUAGAACCCAGCUGUCAGGGUUAGAUACAUUUGUCAACCCAUGCACAACUUUUUACAUUCUUCAAAACCCAGUUCUACAGUUUCAUUUACAAUGAGGAGGGAAUCUAGAGGCUGUGAGUUAACAUCAGUUUCUGAAUCACUGCCAGGAAGGAAAUGUGAAGUUUCUACAUAUGUUCUGAUGUUCUUAAGUUAUUAACCAUAACGUUCAGUUCCUAUAACUGUGACGUUCACUGUCAAGACUGAAUAAGGCAGUGCAAAAAAAAGAGGAAAUAAUUUUUUUUUUUAAUGAAUUCAUAUUAUUUUACUCUUCUACAUUCAUCUAUUUAUUGGCUUACUUAUUGAUUUUUUAUUAACUGAAAAUUUCAAACAUUUAUAUGCUUGACCUAUGGCAAAACACUGAGGUAAUUUGGUUAAGGCAUGAAUACAGUUGUAGCUCUUAGAGCCAGCAGAUGGCAGUGUUAACAUAUUCUUUAAACUGCCAUGAGAAAGGCAGGCAUGCCAGAACUACCAAUCAAAACCAUUGUAUCAGAUGUGAUUAAGGAUUCAUGCUAGACUGCCCAACAUUACACUUUCACCAUGUUCUUAUAUGUAUAUGUCAAGUCAACAUGUUUGGCUGGAUUGCUCUGAACACAGACAGCCUCAGGUCUUAUGAACAGUUAGAAUGUACUUAGAAUGCAGGAUAUCCUACCUAUUCACUUUCCCAGAAGCCUUUGGAAAGCAUUAUAAUACACUGACAUGCAUAUCAAAAUACAUGCAUAUCAAAAUACAUUGACAAUAAGGAAAGUUACAUAUGGUGUGUGUGUGUGUGUGUGUGUGUGUGUGUGUGCGUGUGUGUGUGCUAUUCCUGUCAAUCAAAUGACUAAAUUUUACUAAAUUUCGUUGUUGUAGUUUAAAAUGAAGAUUAAUUAAGGAUGUAGUUUCAUGGCAUUUA